GCUGCUUUCUGCGAUUGCUGCUUGCGAUAUCCAUUAUCGGGGCUGAACCACCAUCCUUGAGCUCCGAUUAAAGUACUACACAAUGGCCUCCAACUUCCAAUACCCCUUCCAAUGCGUUCAGCUUGUGCAAAGGCCGCAGGCCAAGCUCCUGCUUGCCUCCGCUGGCCCACGGCUGUACUCCUACUCUGCCGAGACCGGCCAACGACUUGCGAGCUGGCCACAAGAUACCAGCUCAAGUGACCAGGAACCCCCAGAGAAGAAAAGGAAGGUUUCCACGGCGGAGGGUAGUCCUGUGGAAGAGUCAGAGACUGCAGGAAACACCGAGAAGUCGAAGGCCCCGCCGGCUUGGUCGAACAUCCCUAUUGUCACUAGCACAUCGAACGGCGAAUAUGUCAUUGCUGUCACAGGAGAAGACAAGUGCAUCCGCGUCUUCCAGCUUCAAGAUGAUGGUUCGUUCCAGCAACUCAGCGAGAGAAUCAUGCCCAAGCGACCAUCCUCCAUCGCAUUGACCAGCGAUGAGACCACAAUCCUCUGCGCCGACAAAUUCGGAGACGUUCACUCUCUGCCCCUCAUCCCCAGCAAUGAAAAGCCCGCCGUUGCUCCCAGACCCAAUAGAGAGGCGAAACUCAGCCAUCCUGCCGCAACCAACUUGACCGUGCACACCAAGGGCAACCUGAGAGCUUUGGAACAGCAACUUGAACUCGCCAAGAAGAAGAAGGAAGCAGGGGAGGAUAAGUCCGGCCCCUCGUUCGAACACCAUCUCCUGCUCGGCCACGUUUCGCUGCUCACCGACAUGCUCUUCGUAUCUCUCCCCUCCGACACCCACAAGCAUACCUAUAUCCUGACCGCCGAUCGCGACGAACACAUCCGUGUCUCUCGUGGCCCACCCCAGGCGCAUGUCAUCGAAAACUACUGCUUGGGUCAUACCGCCUUCAUCAGCAAGAUCUGCGUGCCGCGGGACGCCCCAGAGUACCUGAUCUCCGGCGGAGGCGACAACUACCUGAUGGUCUGGAACUGGACCGAGGGCCGUGCUCUCCACAAGGUUCCUCUGGUCGAGGACUCGUCGGCCGCCGAGGUGGUCGUCCGCGGGAUCUGGGCCACGACACUAGAGGACUUGCGACUCAUUCUCGUUGCGCUGGACGGAUCCUCCCAACUCCAAUGCUUCACCCUCGAAGCCGACGGCUCCCUCAAGCCCCAAACCCCCCUCGACCUCACCGGCAACGUCCUCGCCGUGACCAGCAUCGAGAAAGACAACACGCUGCUCAUCUCCGUCGACUCCGUCCGCACUGCGGGCUCGACUCACGAGUGGCGCGCAAGCCCCUCUGCCCCUUCCACCCUGAUCGAGGCCUUCCGUCUCCAGCAGAGCUCCGAGGGCUCGCUGGGCUGGGAACCCACCCUGCAGUCCGCGACCGGCGCUAUCAACGCCGCGGGCACGUUGGAAAUCCCGGCUACCACCGAAGACAAGAAGCGGGGAGAGCUGAACGAUCUAUUGUAUGCCAUGAGCAAGCUUCGCAAGACGCCGAGAGGCGGGGACGACGAGUAGACGAAGGCAUUAAAAUGAAUCAAUGUAUACCUCUUAGUGGAUGUAUACGAGUAAAAUUUUGUGAACAUCACAAAGGAUGAUGUAAAUGUACAUAUACUUAGAUAUUGACAUAUUCAGUGCUCAAAACAAAUACAGCCCUGUCAGGGACGCGGCGAC